GGUGGCGCCCCCGCUGCUGCUGCUGCUCUGCUGUUUGCGUUGGACGCUCAGCUGAGUGCGGGCCGGCCGUGGGACGCCCAGUGCCGGGGAGAGGCGCGACGGCACUGCCGCCCCAGUAGUCGCGGCCUGCAGCCUGGUAAGACCAUGAAUUAUGGCAUUUCUUAAAUGAAGCAUUCAGGAAUGAAGUGACAGUUGUAACAUAGAAAAUAAAUGAUUUUUAAGUUAUGUCUAUUAAUUUGACUAUAGAUAUAUAUUAUAUUUACCUCCUUAGUAAUGUGAGAAGUCUUUGUGGGAAGCAGAGAAGCAAGCCGCUGCAUUUCUUGUGCUCACCUAAAUAUCACUGGAGGAUAAGCCACAUCAGUCUGCAAGGAGGUUCUCAUACAAGCAAAAUAAGAUGUAAAUGGACCAAAAGUGAGGCACAUCCUUGCAGUAAGCACUGUUGCUAUCCUAGCAACCAUGGUUUGCAUAUUGGAAUUUUGAGACUUAGCACUUCCGCUCCCAAGGGCCUUACAAAAGUGAGCCUUCGUAUGUCCCGUAUUAAAAGUACUUUGAACUCCGUUUCAAAGGCUGUUUUCGGCAAUCAGAAUGAAAUGAUCUCUCGUUUGGCUCAAUUUAAGCCAAGUUCUCGAAUAUUAAGAAAAGUAUCAGAUAGUGGCUGGUUCAAACAGAAGACCAUUAAACAAACCAUCAAAUUUCUGAAAAAAUACAGCGACCAAUCAGCAGAAAAGAGUUCUUUCCCAGAAAAGCAGAGUCACAUUCUAGAUAAAGAAGAUACAGGUAAACAAAGCCUUUUCCAUUACACAAGUAAUAUCACCACAAAAUUUGGAGAGUCAUUCUACUUUUUGUCACAUCAUAUUAAUUCCUACUUCAAGCGGGAGGAAGAAAUGUCUCAAGAAAAGGAAAAGAAACAUUUCCAGGACAAAUCAGAACUUGAACUUAAAAAGGUCGAAGAAGAGAAAUCCAGUUCCCCAGAUGCCAGCGUCCUGACUGAAAAGAAGCUGGGCUCAGAAGCCGCUUCGAGUACAGAGGAUGAGCCUGCAGGUCCCAGUGGAACACCUGAGGUUCUUCCUGUCUCCACAAAACAAAGUAUUGCUAACUUUCUUUCCCGUCCCACCGAAGGAGUACAAGCUUUAGUAGGUGGUUAUAUCGGUGGACUUGUCCCCAAAUUAAAGUAUGAUUCAAAGAGCCAGUCGGAAGAGCAGGAGGAGGCGGUCAAAGCUGAGCAGGCCGUCAGCAAAGACAAACAUGCCGAGGAGAAAAGGCGGCUCUCUCUUCAGCGAGAAAAGAUCAUUGCCAGAGUGAGCAUUGAUAACAGAACCCGGGCGUUAGUUCAGGCGUUGAGAAGGACAACUGACCCAAGGCUCUGCAUUAAUAGGGUUGAGGAACUGACUUUCCAUCUUCUAGAAUUUCCUGAAGGCAAAGGAGUGGCUGUCAAGGAGAAAAUUAUUCCAUAUUUACUACGAUUGAGACAAAUUAAGGAUGAAACUCUUCAGGCUGCAGUUAGAGAAAUUUUGGCCUUAAUUGGCUACGUGGAUCCAGUGAAAGGAAGAGGAAUCCGGAUUCUCACGAUUGACGGUGGAGGAACAAGGGGCGUGGUUGCUCUUCAGACACUACGAAAAUUAGUUGAACUUACUCAGAAGCCAGUUCAUCAACUCUUUGAUUACAUUUGUGGUGUAAGCACAGGUGCUAUAUUAGCAUUCAUGUUGGGAUUGUUCCAUAUGCCUCUGGAUGAAUGUGAGGAGCUUUAUCGAAAGUUAGGAUCAGAUGUGUUUUCACAAAAUGUCAUUGUUGGAACAGUCAAAAUGAGUUGGAGCCAUGCAUUUUAUGACAGUCAAGCAUGGGAAAACAUUCUUAAGGAUAGAAUGGGAUCUUCACUAAUGAUUGAAACAGCAAGAAACCCCACAUGUCCUAAGGUAGCUGCAGUAAGUACCAUAGUAAACAGAGGGCUAACGCCAAAAGCUUUUGUGUUCAGAAACUAUGGACACUUUCCUGGAACCAACUCUCACUACCUGGGAGGCUGUCAGUAUAAGAUGUGGCAGGCCAUCAGAGCCUCCUCCGCUGCUCCCGGCUACUUUGCAGAGUACGCACUGGGGAAUGAUCUCCAUCAAGAUGGAGGUUUGCUUCUGAAUAACCCCUCAGCACUAGCCAUGCAUGAGUGUAAAUGUCUUUGGCCGGAUGUGCCGUUAGAAUGCAUAGUGUCCCUGGGCACCGGGCGUUACGAGAGUGACGUGAGAAACACCGUGACGUACACAAGCUUGAGAACCAAACUGUCUAACGUUAUCAACAGUGCUACAGAUACAGAAGAAGUCCAUGUAAUGCUGGAUGGUCUGUUACCUCCUGACACCUAUUUUAGAUUUAAUCCUGUGAUGUGUGAAAACAUACCUCUAGAUGAAAGUCGAAAUGAAAAGCUGGAUCAGCUGCAGUUGGAAGGGUUGAAGUACAUAGAAAGAAAUGAAGAAAAAAUGAAAAAACUUGCAAAAAUAUUAAGUCAAGAAAAAACAACUCUGCAGAAAAUUAAUGAUUGGAUAAAACUAAAAACUGACAUGUAUGAAGGCCUUCCAUUCUUUUCAAAAUUGUGAUGAGUGUGUGCAUAUGGUCUCAUAACUGAAUGCCUGUUCAAAAGAGCCACAUGAUUCAGUAAGGAAUUGUGAGGUUCAGAACGCGUGAACUUUAAUGCUUAUGAAUUCUGGGGAAUCCUGAAAAGACAGUGUUCAGAUCAGCUUACACAGUCCAGAGAGGGUCUUCUUGGUAAAACAGUUCAUAUGGGAAUUAGGUUUUUAUGAUGUUAGUCAUUAACUGUGCAUCUUACCAUGCUAGUUGAUUUUAGUACAUAUUGAUGUUAUAUUGUUUGAUGUUUGAAAAUUUAUUAAUAUAUGUGCCAAACAAGAACAGAAAACUGUCAUUAUUAUACUUGGUAUUUUUGCUGUAGUCACCAUAAUCAUGUUAAAUGUAUUUGAUGAUUGAUUUUCCUUCAUGUGGAAAAGCUAAUUUCUUAAAUUAAUUUAUCACUUGAAACAUCACUUACGUUCUCACUAGCUACGUUCUGCGGUCCAAAUGUUACCUUCCGGUGUUGUAGUAUCAUCUAAACAGAUGCAGAAAAAUGGAAUUCUCUCUAUCAUAGGACUUUCACAUUUGAAAUAUGAAAGAACUGGGUACAAUUUUCUAUUCAAAAUUUGUCUGUUUCAACACUGUUUGGUUCAAAAAGGUAGGUGAAGUUCUAAUCAAUCACUUUUCCCCCCUGAAAUUUCAAGAUAAUGCUGUCUGUUAACUUUUCUAGCUCUGGCUUAUCAUUCACUGUUAUGAAAUUAAUUAUUUGAAUUUACUGAGAAAAUAUCCCUAAAAAUAAACUUGAAAUAAUCUAUUAAAG